AUGACUAAAAUUGCGAUAGUUGGUGAAGGAAUUGUGGGAUGUUCCACAGCGUUGGCUUUGCUCGAAAAGUACCCCAAAUUGAAUGUAAGCAAGUUUUAAAAACUUCAAAUUAUUAGAAAGUUUAUAAUCUUUAAAUUUAACCCUGUUCAAUAUUGUAAAAGUUCAGAUGCAAAAGUGAUUUAGAAAAGCGAUUUUAAAUUAGAAUUUCAGGUAACCUUGUUCUCAAACGCUCCAUUUGAAGAAAGUUGCAGUUUUGGACCGGGCGGACUGUUUCGACUGGACAAAUAUGAAGCCAGGUAAAUGAAAAUUCAUUUUUUAAGACGAGGGAUAUUUGGUGCCACUUCUCUAGUAAACCGUUUUCAGAACAUGGGCCAAGAAAUCGUUUGAACGAUUUGCAUACUUGGAGAAGAACUUUGGUCAUGAGUGUGGGGUAAAGCUUAUUUCAGGACAUAUUCAGUCGGACAACUUGGACCUACUCAAGUCUCAGGUAUCUUUCAUACUGACACAACUUUAUAGAUCUUUUACCUCUACAACUGUCCAACCAUUUUCAGGAAAAAAAAGUUACUCUUUUCAAUACAUUAAUAACAGUUCUCGACAGUUUUUGACCCCAAAUUUCAUUUAAUAACCUGAAGCAAUGUUUAGGAAAAGAACAUGGCCGAUAUGGUCUACAAUUUUCGAUGGUUAGAUGACCGUGAAAGAAACCUACUGUUCGUGAAUCCCUCAAAGUAUUGUAUACACUACACAGCGUACGCUUCUGAAGGCAGAACCUACACACCGUGGAUUAAGAAACAUCUACAGAAGAGAGGAGCCCAAUUCGCUACGAGAGAAUUCAGAAACCUUGAUGAGGUAGGUUUGAUGAUGUCCAUCAUCAUCAUGACGGGUUUUCACAUAAGAGAAAGCUAAAAAUUUCAUGUUUUGGUGGUUUAAAGGGAAGACAUUGUAGUAGGUUAUGGUAAAUCGUAGUGGAAUAAUGUAUUGUUUUAGGUAGCAAACUUGGGCUUUGAAUACGUCAUCAACAGUGCUGGUGUUUAUGGUGGAAAACUGGCUGGAGAUGAUUUGGAAGGCAUCAAACCUAAUCGAGGAGUUGCUUUUGAGGUUGGUGUAUUAAUGCUUUUGAGGUUGGUGUAUAACUGUGACAACCAGUGUUUUGCCGGACCCGUCCGGUCCGGACCGAAAAUUUUCCGGACCGGACCGAAAAAAAAGUUCCGGACCGGUCCGGAAAAAAAAUUUUUUUUAUUUUAAUAAAACUGUUUUAAAAAUUGCAAAUAAAACAUAUUUUUAAGAGUUUUUAAACGUAAAAAAAGCAGUUUUAGCGCUCCUGGCUCUUUUUAAAAAUAAAAAAAAAAUUUUCCGGACCGGACCUGACUUUUUUGGUCCGGACCGGACCGGACCUGAGCGAAAAAAAAUAGAGCCGGACCGGACCGGAAAUUUUUUGGACCGGACCGGACCGAAAAAAUUCUCAUCCGGACCGGUCCGGCAAAACACUGGUGACAACAGUUACAAGAAGAUGGCCCAAUGCAUAUGAAAAGAUAUCCUGAUACCUAUGGAAAUAUGGCCUGAUAGCUACUAUUAUAAUUAAUAAAACUUUACUUAAUAUACUAAAACUUUAUAUUAAUCUCUCUCAAACUUCAGGUUGAUGCCCCAUGGCAGAAGCACUUUAACUACCGCGACUUUAGUACCUUCACCAUACCUAUGGUCAACGGAGUAAUGAUGGGCACGGUAAGAGAAGCAGAUUGCUGGGAAAGGAAGAUCACUGACCAAGAUCGCAAAGAAAUUCUGGAACGUUAUAUUGAGCUUGAUCCCAAGUUUAAAGGAGUGAAAAUAUUAUCAGAAUGGGUGUCAUUACGACCGGAAAGAAAGGAAAUUCGAGUGGAAUACCAGAAAAGGAACAGUAAUGGCAAGGAGUAUCAUGUAGGUUACCUUUUUUGAGGUUUGGGUCCAUUAGAAAGCCUUCUAGCUAAAAAGGAAAGAAGUAUUCAACAUGCGGUAAACUUUCAGGUUGUCCAUAACUACGGUCAUGGAGGUAAUGGAUUUACUCUUGGUUGGGGUUGUGCUCAAGAUGUGGUCAAUUUACUCGAACCUCAUUUCAAAAACUAG